CAGCAAAUCAAAACAACUACAUAUUGUUUUGAAGUACAAUUGUAUAUAAUAUAAUACUUAAAAUGUUACGUAGACUAAGUUCAAGAAAUACUCUACAAUAUUGCACACGCUUGGCCACGACGCGAUUUAUGUGCAACAAUGGUGCCGAAAAGUUCCUUGAGGUCACACAUAAAAAUGGAGUGCGGGAGAUUACAUUAAGCCAUGCAAAAACAUUGAAUUCUCUGUCUAUGCCAAUGAUGUGCCAGCUACAGGAAGCCUUAUCUAAGGAUCAGGAUGCAGUGGACUUGCGUUGCAUUGUGCUGUCAGCUCAAGGCAAAGUUUGGUCAGCUGGGCACAACUUAAAGGAGUUGGCCAGCUGUGAAUCAUCAGCACGAGCGGAAGUUUUUCAGCAGCUCAGCGAUGUUAUCAUGGACAUACGCAAGUUGCCGGUGCCGGUCAUAGCAAAGGUGAAUGGCUAUGCAGCUGCUGCUGGCUGUCAGCUAGUUGCAUCUUGUGAUUUAGUUGUCUGCACGGACACGAGCAAAUUCUCUACACCAGGCGCCAGCGUGGGCAUCUUUUGUAAUACACCUGGCGUGGCAAUUUCUCGCGUUAUGACGCAUCCCAAAUCAGCUUAUAUGCUAAUGACUGGCUUGCCCAUUAGCGGUGAGGAGGCUUAUAUAGCCGGGCUGGUAACCAAAGUUGUGCCUGAGCAAGAGCUUGAUGCAACGAUUACUGAAAUAACCUGCGCUAUUAAGUCCAAGAGUCGAUCUGUCAUCAGUCUGGGCAAAGAAUUCUAUUAUAAACAGCAACAAAUGCCUAUCGAACAGGCAUACGCAGCUGCCCAGGCUAAAAUGGUUGAGAAUAUGCAAAUGGAUGAUUGCAAAGAGGGCAUCAAGAGCUUCUUUGAGAAACGCCCACCCGAAUGGACACACAAAAAUUAAAAUUGCAAAGUUAUCUACCGACCAGUUGUGCAUUUAACAAUAAUUAUGAUAGAAAUAUACACCUGUUGAAAUUGUUAUGAAUAUACAAAUAAGUCUGUACUGUUUUAUAGACUGCCACCCUCUCCAAAUAAAAACCAAGUUUGCUGCUUUCGAAAAGUAUGCUCAUUUCUUAAUUUGUGUAUUAUUUAUUUCAAAAUAAUUGUAUGUGUUGUAUGUGGGUGCAAAUAUUAAGUGCAGGGCGUAGUGUAAUGCAUAUAAGAAAUAAAAAUAAAAAUUUAUAAAAUUGGCAGUUAUUGUCUGUUAGGAAAAUUGUAACAAUUUGUUCAUGUGAGUCUUUUUAAAGAGGGGGUGGUGUUGGUUGGUGGGUGGGGUUUCGCUUACAAUGGCCGGACGUUGAUAAUUCUUGAGGACACGAGUGAUAGUCAAAUAGAAAACAUAAAAAAUAA